AUGGAUAUAAAUGGUCCCAAGCGCUGGGAGCCCCACAAGUCACUUGAUCCGAACCCUCGCUCAAGCCCAGGACACAAGAAUCUGCAACAAGAACCCUGUGGUAUGGUUGGUAACAAGUUGCCAACAAAAAUGUGUGCUGUGGUCAUCGACAUGGGUUCUGGUACGUGUAAGAUGGGCUUCGCAGGACAGACUCGGCCCACCUACGUCGUGACCAACAUUGUGGGCUGCCAACCCAAGAAACAAACCACCAUGGGCCAGCCCAAGAUGGAGACGUAUAUUGGUGAGGCCGCCCAUGCUUGCCCGGAGUUAACCCUGAUGCAGCCAGUUCAUAAUGGUAUUGUGGUGGACUGGGAAGCAGCUGAGCUCAUCUGCCACCACAUCCUGGAGAAUGACCUCCGGGUGGUCACCCAAGACCAUCCUCUGUUGUUCACAGAUCCACCCUUCAGCCCUGCCAGCAACCGUGAGAAGCUGGUGGAACUAGCCUUCGAGUCUCUGCACUCCCCUGCUAUAUAUGUGGCAUCCCAAUCUGUGCUGUCGGUCUAUGCCAAUGGGCGCGUUAACGGGCUGGUGGUAGACACUGGCCAUGGGGUCAGCUACACAGUGCCAGUCUUCCAAGGCUACAACCUACCCAAUGGCAUCCAGCGCCUGGACCUGGCUGGCCACCACUUGACUACGUUCUUGGCAGAGAAAAUCUUGAGAUCGAACUUGCCACUGAAGAAGGAAGACAUUGACACCAUGGAGAGCAUCAAGCAUCAUUACUGCUACGUGGCCUCAGAUUUCCAGAAGGAGCAAGAUCGCCCUGAUAGCAAAUUGCGGCGGUGCCUGAAGCUGCCAGAUGGACAGAUGAUCACAGUCGGGAAGGAGCUUUUCCAGUGCCCUGAACUACUAUUCCAUCCCCCGGAGACCUCGGGACCUUCAUCUUUGGGCCUCCCCGGCAUGGUGGAACACAGCCUCUGCGCAGUGCCCCAGGAGCUGCGGGCCGACAUGGAACAGAAUGUGCUGCUGUGCGGAGGCUCCUCUCUGUUCACUGGCUUCGAAGGCCGCUUCAGGGCUGAGCUGCUGCAAUGUCUGAGUCCUGAUGCCCGUGUAGUUGUGAUGGCCCAGCCCAAUAGAAACUUCUCUGUGUGGAUUGGAGGGUCCAUUCUGGCCUCACUGUGUGCCUUCCAGUCCCGCUGGAUCCAGCGUGAGCAGUAUGAGGAACAUGGUCCCGAUAUAGUACACAACAAGUGCUCUUGA